AUGAAGAAUAAGCUAGAGGUUGAAGAGAAUGUCCACGACCACGACCUCGAAAUCCUCAAGGCCGUGGCGCAGGCAUGGUACGGGCAUUCGGGCAAUCCAAGGACUACGUCCAAUGAAUUCGAUGCCCUGCGGUUAAACUUCAAGAGGAAGCCCACUCGGUUCAAGCUCGAGGCCAUGAACAAGCCCAAGGACGUGACCGUGCCCAACCACAGGGUCCACUGGGACUUUGGGCAGUCGCUGCUGGACUCUUACGAGAUCGUUAGCCUUUCGAAAAGGCUAGAAACAGGGUUGGUGAUGGACCAUGAUCAGUUGGCUGAGUUGGAGAAUUCGAGAUUGAGCCGGAAGAGGCGGAAGGAGAGUAAGAAUAGCUUGAGGAAGUUGUUUGGCAGGAUGUCUUCGGGUAGGUUUAGUGAUGCUGAGGUUCCACAAGAGGAGACUACUUGA